AUGGCUCGUUCUGACGCUCAAGAGAUAGUCCAGUCUCCCGCCACCGUGCUGCCGUCACACCGCAGCAGCUUUUCCUCCUUGGACGGUUAUGCAACAGCGCCAGCAGCUGCAACUGGAAACCACGGGGGGGGUUGGUGUUCUCGAUCCGAUCGCACUCCCUGCGGCCAAGUGACAGACCCUUUGGCAAGUCCUAUGGCCUGCAGGUUGCUACCCGUACAGGGGUGUCCAGCAGUAACGGUAGCUGCAGCGGUGGCUGCAGCUCCCCUGAAUUGCACCUGCGCGGAAUGCUGCUUGGCGACUAAGGGAUUCCAGUGCGACCAGAAGGAGCAGCAGUACAUCGCUCAGCUUUUCAGCUGCUGUGACACCUCGACGGUAGACGCCCUGUUGUUGGCUCUCCUGGCGAGGAUAACUUCGGAGCAUCCGCAGCUGCUCCAGGAGAAGUUCCUUCGAGUGCUAACGGGCACCGAGGAAAAGGUGGUGAGUCGAAUUCGAGGCUUUUGGGCUGCUUUCGACACUGCCAGUGUACCUGCUGUAGCGCAGGGGACUGUGGAGCUUUUCAAAUUUAGGGUUGAGCAGGGGGCUGUGGCAACAGAGGCAGCCAUAACGGCAAGUGGACACUGUUUGGAUGCCUCGGGGAUGAGUGAGGUUGAUUUUAAUGCAGAAGCCCGCAAGCCACACCUGCAACUCUCGGAAUCUCAUUCAGCUGGCACGAUGCAUCAUCUUCUGCAGCAGCAGGAGCACCUUGCCUGCAUAGGCAACGGCAGCAGCAUGAACGACAAAGAUGGGUGCUGCAUGCAGCGGAUUGUCGUUAUCGGGCUGCAGUGCCGAAGCAGCAACAAAGAUGUGCGGCUUUUGCGGUGGGCACGAAGGCAUUUGUUGCGUCCUAACGAUAUUGCGGUGCUGGUUUCUUGUUGGGAGUUCGCCAGAGAUCCUAAAUAUGUUCGCGUUCCAGGAAUGAUCCUUUCGGCUACCUCCGCAGCAGGCGCGUACAACCGCCAGCAGCAGCAUCAGGUGCAGCAGCGCAUGCGGAGUUUGGCGGGUUCUGCCCUAAAAGGCUUGCAUGUUUACUGUCUUGCAGUACCCAUCAGCAGCACCAACAAGACUUCGGUGGGAGAUCUGCUGUGUCGGGUGUCUCGGGAGCUGCAUGCAGAUGCGAUUCUCCUGGGCGCGCGCAGCCACUGGCACCUUACCAGGAUGCUCUUUGGUUCUGUUGCUGGCUACGCUAGGGCGCAUGCAAACUGCCCCGUGCUGCAGUGCAGCAACACGUGA